AUGUCUGAUCAUUCAUCAGAAGAUGGGGGUUCGAUUGACGGAGAUCUUCCACCAGCACCAAUACGAGGUUUUCGACGGACCGAAGGUUCAUUCGCUCGUUUAUCGACGGCGAUUCGGCGGAGUUUAAGGCUACCGCCAAGACGAAUCACGAAACAGCCGGAAGAAGAGUAUCGAUUGCAUAAGGCUGAUGCAGAUUUGCCGACGUUCUCGAAAUACGCGAGUCUAGUGAUUCGGCCUUCGAAAAUUCCCGCUCGAAUCGAUGAAAUUCAGGAGAAUAAAAGGCUGAAUCGACAAGAGAAAGUGAAGAAACUUUUGCGCAAAGGCGGAUGGCCGCUGCAUCACGAUGUGAGGAAACAGUUAUGGAUUUUGCUGUGUCGUGACAAAAAUUAUGACAGCAUGCGCUCGGUCUACGAGAGUAAACUGCAAGAGGAGACGAGCAGUAGUGUCAAAAUUCACCAUCCGCUUUUUGUCCGAGAGGAGGGCGCCGUGCUCAACAACUUUGAGCUGAACGAGGAUGGAGCGAUGAGAUUGUUGCGCUUGUUGGGAAUGGUUGAGAACGAUCAUCCUACACUCACCUCGGCUCCAUUCUUGUACCCUCUAUGCGCCCUUCUCCUUCACUUCAUGUCGGAUACUGACGCCUACGCUUGCACGGAGUACCUUUUACGAAAGCGUCGUUGGGGUGCUCGUGGUCCCCCGACAUUCAAUGGUUAUAUCGAUGAAAGGAGUCGUUGGGAGAGAAAGAAUGCCCCCAUGGGUUUCCUGAUUAAAUCGACGAAAGAAUGGUAUGCAUCGGCUUACACAGUGCUCGCGCUCAUCAAAAAGCACAAAUCAUCCGCGUACACUUUGUUGAAAAGACGAUGCAACACUACCGAUGAUAGCGUGAUCGUGGAAACGAUGCGUGACUAUUUACAAUGGAUCUUCCGGGGCCUCCCCCUUACCUACGUUGUUCGUGUGAUGGAUUGUUAUCUUGUUGAAGGGCAAAAGUUCAUCCUCCGUGCCGCCAUCGCUAUUGUCUAUAUUUGGGCAAAAUCGCAGAAGGAUUCAAACACGGACCGUUAUGGUGGAAUGGGGCAACAAGAGAGAAUUCGAGCAGUUAAAGAGGAGAUCAUGAACACGGCGAAGGGAUGUGAGAUUUCUGCUGACACUUUCAUUGAGACUUGCAUUCGGAUUCGGAACCUGAAGAGCUCAACGAUUCAACGCUUUCAGGAACACUUUGAGAAACAGGUGGCUUCGGAAGUUGAAGCAAAGGUAUCAAAGGCAAAGCGCCCGUCGAAGGCCCGUCUCUUCACUGAUGCCUUUCAAAGUGUGAUUGUUGACCCCGAUCAAGCCUCUUACAUCAUGCAAUCAUUGCCGGCUCGUUUACAAUUGAGCACCCCACAAUUGUUGUUCCGUCUCAGCAAAGAUGGAGCCUCAUUCACGCAGCUUUGGACAAAAGUCGAUGAAGCCGAUCAAUCACUACUCAUCAUCAAAUCGAUCAAGGGUGAAGUAUUGGGUGCAUAUUGUAGUGCCUCGUGGUCGGAGAGAAAUGAUCGAAAAGAGAGAUCAAAGUCAAAAUACUUUGGCACCGGGGAAUCGUUUGUUUUUCGCGUUGACAAAAAUGAUAUCGCCGAUUUACCGAUAAUUUAUCAAUGGGUUGGCAAUUCAUCGGAUGAGCCCGACAAGGCUCCGCAAAUGUUCAUGGCAGCCGGAGAUAGACUGAUGAUUGUUGGAUCGGGAACAGGAGAUGCGAUUCGAAUCUCGGAGGAGUUGAGCUGUGGGAUGUCUGGCCAAUCAGCGACUUUCGGCUCUCCGCCACUCGUCGACUCUCGCGCUUUCGAUAUUCACGAAUUGGAGGUGUUCAAUGUGAGCUCGACUCAA